ACCCACAGGGAACAGAGCGCCAGCGAUAACUCAGGUAGGGCUUUGAGUUAGGCUAACCCAGGUGCCAGUCACCCAACUUAACUCUCCAGUGACAGCGUAGCCUUGGUCGUCUUUGCUUCUACAGAGUCAAAAGCAGGACUCUGGAGCUGUUCUCCGGCUCCGCUCCAGCUCCAGGCAAAAACCUGCAGCUCCACUGCUCUGCUCCAAAGCAGCUGACUCACCUCAGAGAGAAUCCAUGUUCCAGCAGGAUAUUGAGCGACAGCUCAGCCAAUGAAACACAAGACAGAAGUAUUGCAUCAUGGGCUGAUCAUACCCCCGGAGGACAGCACGGUGUUCACUGGACCUCUGCUCCGGAACCCAGCAGUGUUUGUUGCAAAUAGCCCCUGUUGCCAUUAAGGGAUGCUGUGUUCAUCAUGGAACAGACCAUCUCUUCCAGAACAGGGAAAGAGAAAUUCCCCAAGGAAUUCAGAGUUCACCUAUUGGAAGGAAAGCACUCAAAUUGUCGCCCGAAUGGAAAGAAAAGGCAGUUGCCGAAAGGAAAAAGACAAAGGAAACUCAGACUUCAGAGCCCUCCCUAUUCACAGAUACAGGAAGAAACUAGUUGAGGCUGUGAGAGAGAAUUCAUUUCUUAUUGUGACUGGAGAGACAGGGAGUGGCAAAACUACCCAGCUCCCUAAAUAUCUAUUUGAAGAAGGCUUUGCAAAGCAUGGAGUGAUUGGUGUGACUCAGCCACGCCGAGUAGCUACCAUGUCUGUGGCUCAGAGAGUGGCUGAAGAGAUGAACUCUUCACUGGGAAGCAUAGUGGGAUAUCAGGUUCGCUUUGAUGACUGCACCUCUGAGGGUACUGCAAUCAAGUAUAUGACUGAUGGCUGCUUACUGAGACAGAUACUGGCAGACCUCCAUCUUACCAAAUACAGUGUCGUUAUACUGGAUGAAGCCCAUGAGCGGAGCUUAAGCACAGACAUUUUAUUUGGCUUGCUGAAGAAACUGUUCCAACAAAAGAAGCCUCCCAAGAGAAGGAAAGCCCUGAAGGUGGUGGUGAUGUCAGCCACCCUGGAGGUAGACAAGCUCUCAGAGUUCUUUGGAGGCUGCGCAGUGGUGAACAUUCCAGGAAGGAAUUAUCCCGUCAAGGAGAUAUUCUGCAGCCUGCUUGGCCCAAAGGAUGCAGAAAGCUCUGCUUAUGUUACAGAGGCUGUAAAAGUGACCCUGGAUAUCCACUUGAAUGAGUCAGCAGGAGACAUCUUGGUUUUUCUGACUGGACAAUCUGAGAUAGAAAGAACGUGUGACUUACUUUUCCAGAAAGCGGAAUCUAUUGAUUACUGCUAUGAUGUGCAAGAUUGUUCUGUUGAAGGUUUGCUUAUCUUACCGUUGUAUGGGUCAAUGCCAACAGAUCAGCAGAGAAGAAUAUUUUUGCCACCUCCUCCAGGCAUUAGAAAAUGUGUCGUAUCCACAAACGUUGCUGCAACAUCUCUGACCAUUGAUGGAAUCAGGUAUGUAGUUGAUAGUGGAUUCGUGAAGCAGUUAAAUCAUAACCCCAGGGUUGGCUUGGACAUACUGGAGGUGGUUCCCAUUUCAAAGAGUGAAGCAAUGCAACGAGCAGGCCGAGCUGGCAGGACAUCAUCUGGAAAAUGCUACAGAGUGUACAGCAAGGAAUUCUGGGAUCAGUGUAUGCCUGAUCACAUGAUCCCAGAGAUUAAGAGAACUAGUCUUACAUCUGUGAUCUUGACCUUGAAGUGCCUUGCUGUACAUGAUGUCAUAAGGUUCCCCUAUUUGGACCGCCCCGAAGAGAGGCAUAUUUUAGAGGCUCUUAAGCAACUUUACCAGUGUGACGCUAUUGACAGGAGAGGCCACGUGACAAGACUGGGAGAGUUUUUGGUGCAAUAUCCUCUCCCUCCAAACCUGACCUGUGCUGUCAUAAAGGCAGCUUCUCUCGACUGCGAAGAGCUAUUGCUUCCCAUAGCUGCGAUGUUGUCUGUGGAAAAUGUCUUCAUACGACCUGGUGACCUUCAGAAACAAAAGGAAGCAGAACUCUGCCACCAGGAACUGUCAUUAGAGGCAGGAGGAUGCAAUGAUUUUGCAACCCUUUUAAACAUCUUUGAACAGUGCAAAUCAAGCAAGUCUCCUGCAGCUUGGUGCCAGAAACACUGGGUCCAUUUCAGAGCUUUAAAAUCUGCUUUUAGCGUGGAAGCACAACUUCAGGAAAUAACCAGUAAGCUUAAACAGCUGUCAGACUUCCCAAGAGAGCAUUUUGAUGGCUCCAGAAAUGAGAUACUCAGAAGAUGUCUGUGCACGGGGUACUUCACCAAUGUAGCCAGAAGGUCCGCAGGCAGGACGUUCUGCACAAUGGACGGACAUGGUAGCAUAGUCCAUCUUCAUCCUUCAUCAGCAGGCCCAUCAUGUCUGCUGUGCUUUCCAAACAGAGAAGGAAGCAUGAUCCCUUCAUCAAGAAGCUUACAAGCUAUAGAGGCUACCGAGUACUCCCUAUGCUGCUCUGCAAAGAACAAUGUUAACUCGCUGGAUUGUAAGAGGCUUAGCUAAGGCUAUAUUACAGCUAUUAAUAGUAAUAACAGGAGCGAGCGCUAAUGCCUGCAGAUUGUGUAAGUUGCAGCCAUAUUGCCCUUAACAAUGUGAAAUUCAGUGCUGCCCACCACUCCUCUUAUUCCCUUUGUAUAUACCAAAUGCAGAGGUAGCUGCCAAAUGAAUGCCUUUCUAGUUCCAACAGGGAUGAGUGAAUCAAAAUAUUCUUGGGUGAGAUCAGUGUAAGUAGUAGCUAGGCUUUAUGGCUGAGGGGUGAAAACAUUAUCUAAAGUUAUGUCUAAGGCUCUCUCUUUGUUGUGUUUUACAGUGUAUUCAAAUGGAAGAGCUUUUUGUUCUUUCACAGUCUUAUCUUCAGAGUGUGCUUUUUAGCAACCAGCACUCCGUUCCUCACUAAUUGUGUGUUCUUCCUUGCCUUUGCAAGGGGCCUGCAACCCAGUAUCAUAUUGUUUGAAUGUUAAUGCACUUGCAGUGUCUGUUCAAAUGAUGUCUGUACCAUGUACUGAGUCUGAUAUUUGUAGGUAUGACACAAAUUCCUACUCAGAGCCCAUGUCCCUCCUGACAUAUAGUUAUGCAGAGAUUUCCUUUGACUUCCUUAGUAGCAAUGAAGCAUCCUUUUUUUUAAACUUGAAAUAUGACAUCCGUAUCCCAGAUUUUGCAGGUACAACGUCCUAAACAAUAGGAACCAACUGGUUUCUUGCUAUGGCAGAAGUGUCUGCUUAAAAAAUAGUUACUGAGGAGCUAUACUAUAUUUAAUUUUUUAUCUUUCUAACUGAACACAUAGGGUUAUAAUGAGCCGCCUCUCUUGCUUGUUAAGCCUUUUUAAUUUAUUAAAUUGUGCUGCAGUUCUGGCAAACAGGCUUGAAAAUGUGACUAUACAAGAAAGUAUCACUGCAACAUAAGCCCAUAGCAUAAGGAAAAUAUGAAUUAAGUUUGCCAUGGUGUCCUUAACUUACCCUCUUUAAUUUACUCUAUCUGUUUAGCUACAGCAGUACAUAUGGUAUGUAAGAUCCUCUGAUAAAGGACCAUAUGUGCUGUAAUGCAUUGGUUAAAGAAGCUCUAACAGCUUUAACUCAACAUAUCCUGUUUUUAUGGGGUUAGGUUACACGAGGACUUUUUUCUUAUUUUUUAAAAGUUACUAUAGGGUAAAGUUUGAAAUCACUUUAAUUAUUGCCACUGCACAAAGCAAUAACGUUUUAUUAAAAAUCCCUCUGACAAGCCCUGGAACUGUAGGGGACACCUGAAACCUUGGAAUACUUUUCAUUUUUGUAUAGCUUUCUGUAAUUUUAAAAAAGAUCCUGGUACAUGUAUUUUGGUGAAGGAAAGGAUGAAUGAUGAUUUGCUAUAUGGUCAAAGAUUGUAUUUUGACCCUUUUCCUGCUUGUUAUGAGGAACUGCUAAUCCAUGCACUGUAAAUUAAAACUUUUAUAUUCCAUGAAGUAAAA